ACAAAACACAAUUUUAAUUUUUCGGCAACAUUUUCCUUGAAUUACGUCGAAAUACGGAAAAAAUGUUGCGUCAAAUCAUCUCGAUAGGCGCCCGGAGCGUGUCACAAGUGAAAAAUCUCAAAAUCACCUCACACAAAGUUCCUCAAUUCCAUCUUCAGCAAUGCGUGAGACUUUUCUGUGACAAAUUGGAAAAUGCCGCACCAAUUACUGACAAAUCCACGGAUGCCGAACGCGAAAAACGCUUAAAAGUCCUGGAACUCGAGGUGGAAAUGUGUCGACAGGAAGGACGUCGCGUCCCGGACCACAUCAAACCUAGUCAAUGGGAGGAAAUUUUGCAGUUGGAUUCGCGCACGGCCCGUUACAAGCACUACGACUUCCUGUUUAUCAACGAGAAGAAAGCAGAAAGUGCAAAACUGAAGAAAAAACGACGAAGCGAGGAGAUGGCGGAAAAAUUUGCUCAAAUACGAGCGGAAAAGGAAGCGAACGAGCACAUUGUCUACGGUUUGCACAACAACACGUUCUUUCUGCGGAUAUAUGACACAACAAUCGAUCGCUGGCACAACCACAGACUCAUUAAUGCGAUGCAAUUCGCUCCAAAACUCGUCAUUGACUGCACCUACGACAAACACAUGACGCGAAUGGAGGCCCGAAAUUGCGCGAAACAACUCAAAUUUGUCUUUGCCGACAACCGAUUGAACGAAGACCCCUUUGAUUUGCAUUUUUGCGGUGUCAAUUUCGAAGCAGACACGAUGAAGUUCUUCGAGAAGCACAUACCAAAUGUACGGGAACCGUCUUUUCCGCUGAAUUUGCACGAAGAAAGUUACUUGGAACACUUUCCGCGAAGCAAACUCGUUUAUUUGACGCCACACUGCCAAAAUACGCUGGAAAAAUUCAAUCCGGAUGACGUUUAUAUCAUCGGAGCAAUGGUAGAUAAGAAAAAUAACGAACCCCUGUCAUUGGCAAAGGCGAAAGGACAAGGACUGCGAAUGGCGAAAUUACCGUUGGAUCAUUAUCUGGACUGGGGAUUUGGCGGAAAGUCACUGACACUCGACCAAAUGCUCAAAAUUAUGUUGGAAUUAAAAAAUACGGGCGAUUGGAACAAAGCUUUCAAGCAUGUGCCACGAAGAAAAUUAGUGGAUCCACAUCAACGAGAGUCAGGAAAACCUCAAAGCGUUAAAUUAGAGAAAUUUAAGGAUUUUCGAUUCAAUGCGGAAACGUGGGGAGCGAAAAAAUUUACGCAACAUUCGGAAAAAAGAUUAAACAGAGCGCUGGAAAACAAGAAAAAUACGCCACGAAAACUUUUAUCCUUACAAAAUAUUUUUGCCGAAGAGAAAUAGUUGACGAAAAAAUUAGAAAAUUAGGUUAAAAAAUAAAAAAAAGUUGAAAAAUUAGAAAAAAAUAUUUUUUUUAGAGAUAAAAAUGUUUAAUUUUCUCUUUAUUUGUAGCACAAAGCUCGCUCGCGUUCACUCAUUUCUGCCAUUUCCAUGCGAUCCUUCAAAGUCAGUGUCCUUUCUUCUUCCUCCUUUUUCUUCUUUUCGAUUUCUUCGUCGUCGGGCUUGCUAAACUUGCUCUUGACCUUCG